AAGUCACGUUGAGACUCCGGAAGUUCACGGGGCACGUGAUCAUAGCCCUUUCCGGCGGUCUGGUCUUCGGGGACGCGGUUGCUAGGGAGACGAUUCGGUAAUCCGGAGCCCACCCUCAAACUGCCACCCUUAGGGAGGAGGGAGUGGGGAGGCGGCGGGAGUUAAGGGAACACUUUACCAAAGAAGUGCCCUGAGGGAACAGGGAUGGACGGUGGUACGACCUGGAUCCGAGAAGGUCGAAUAAAGGCGUUUCCUAGGGAAAUGGUAACUAAGGCCUCGCGGGAUCUGACUCGCUGAGAUCUCAGCCUGAACGUCCCUCUUCAGCAGGCAAAGGCCUCCGAUCUCGGUCUUUUUUCUCAUCAAAAAAGGUGCCGCACCUGCCGCAGGGGAGCUGCUCAGGUGCGAGGGGCGGGGUAUUCCUACCGUUACAUUUAACGCUGCCUCCCGCCCUUGGCAUUUUGGGUAAAAUGAAGAGAAGGUCGGCUCGGGAGCCCAGAGGGGAUGUGGACCGCCUAGAACCGCCAAGCACCAGACAGCUUACUGGAGCCAUUUGAUCAGCUGAAACAUACCUCUUCAGUGUAUAUAUGUUCUUUGUUUUGAUGUCUCAAAUAACUCUUUAGGUUCAAGGUUUAUGAUCUGUGAAUAUGCCUUUUAAGAAAUCACCUGUGACUGAUAUAUUUGGAAUAAUAGCUCCCUCUUAUAAAGAAAAAGUCUUGAGGUUUAAUUUGCAAGAGAAAAAGAAAAAGAGGAGUGAUAAAUCAAAGCCACCAUUUUCAAUCACGGCAGAAUUCAUCCUGAGAUUCAAUGAAACAAAAAAUCGAAAAGAGAAGGAAAAAUUGUUGGACCUAGCUAGAAAAAUCCUUCUCAAAUGCAAGAGAAAAUUGGGUCUCAGCACAUUAGGCACUGGGGAACAUGUGCAUCUUCCUACUACAUGGAUUGAAGUAUCCUUUCUGGCUCAAUGCAAAGGAGAAAUUCAAGAUGAAGCUUUAAAUAUACUUUAUACUUCCUUGGACCAUGCUUCCUUUUAUUAUGAUCAUCCACCUGCCUUAUUUUUUCUUGCGGAAUCGAUUUUUUAUAGACUCUGUUGUGAUGCAUUCCUAAAGCCAUACUUAUUUUCUGUGGAAAUAAAGCUGGCAAAGAUUGGCUAUUUGAUCUCCUUAAGACUUUUUAUAUAUUUCCUGUAUGGUCACCUAGAAAGUUUUAAAGAACACUUACUUAGACUUCAACCAUUUUUAUACGCACUUUCUUUCUCUGGAGAGUCAUAUUAUAUGUAUCCAAACAUUUUUUCAAGUGUGCAAUUUACUCUGAAAGUCUUGGAAAUUAUAUGUAAAAGAGAAUUACCAUCUGACUCAAUUUUUAGCCAUGGGAAAAACGAGAAUCAAGAUGAGUGCACAGAUUCUCAUAUGGAAUAUUUACAAGACAAUCAGAAAAGCUAUGAAGUUAACAAUCUGCUCUGGCACUGUGUUGCUGUCUGGACUUGUGUUCAGAAAAAUAGUCCUCAGUUGAAUAACGUGCUGGAACAUCUCACCUUUCAUAAAACACAGCUUCAAAAGAAAUGCUGGAUGGAUUCUGUACUGGCUUUGAUGGUCCUUGGGGAGGCUGCCAAAUUAAACAUGGCCUGCUUGAAAACUUUAAUGGACAUAAUGAAAGAUUUUCUUUUAAGCAUUAUGUCUGUUCAGAAUCAGAAAGAAAAUGGCUGUGUUGAUUUUUCCUGGGCCUGGAUUAUUGUCUACAUCUAUAUAACAAUUCUUACAGAAGUCUGUUUGUAUGCAGCCAUUUCUAAUUUGAGAAAAGCUGCUUUUAUUGGUUUCUGUGACUGUAAAAAUUCAAAAAAAUAUAUUUUUCCACUGGACAAAUCAGAACAACAGCCAGAACUGAAGGAAACAAGUUUUUUAGGUCUUUUGGACUAUUUCUCUUCAAAAAUUUCACAUGAUUGUGAUGAAGUCAUAUGGAUUGGGUACUACGGCUUAGUGUACAACCUUGUGAAAAUGUCAUGGGAACUUCGAGGAGAUGAGGAACAGGAUGGACUUAGAAACCUCAUGUGGCAAACAUUACGGAGAACGAAGAAUCAUGAAAAAGAUGAGCGGAUCCAAAAUGCAAUAAAUAUAGCUGAGGCUGAGAUAAAUGAUCCCACAGAUCCUUUUAUUAUUUACAAUAUAAAAGUUUCAUCAGAGGAUGAAAUUUUCUCCAAAUAUAUAGGAUGGAGAGUUGCCAACAUACUUUCCAAACUAUUCUUCCCUUCUCCCGAUAUUCUUCCUUUGAAAAAACCAGAGACAAAACCUCAUAAAACAAAAUAUCUGUAUAAAAAGCAAGAUUCUAUGAAGAAGAAAGUUCUACAUUUUACUGUAAGGGAACAUACUUCUGUAGCAGACGUCCCCAUGUUUCCAUAUCCAGAUUUCUUCACCAAGAGAGAUGAAGAAUUGACAAGAAUCAUUGAACAUUAUUGGGAGAAAGAGCUAAAGAUCCGACAGAAAGAAGAUGAAAUAUCUGAGGCCAAAGAACGUGAAGAUAAAAAGUUAAAGGAAAAAAAUCACUUCAAAGAAAUUAUGAAAAAAAGAGAAGAGAAACUACACAAGCAAACCAAACCCUAUGAGCUUCCUCCUAGGACUGAAGUAAUUUCAUCAGAAGCAAAAAUGACCUUCCCAAAUUGAGAUCCAUGUGCCAGAAGCUUACUGCAUAAAGGAGACCAUGAUAGCUAUAUGUUAGGAAAAAGUUCUUCUACUUAACUGGAAACCAUCUCUUAGAAAGGAGUUGUUAUUCUGGUACAUGCUUUGUAAUAGUCAUAUCUUAGUCUUCAAUUAACAGCUUUUAAUCACAUUUGAGUGAAGUGAUUUUAUCAAUUAAACAUUUUCAAGGAUAUAGCUAGACUUUUCCCAAUUAACUCUUAUCUUGUGAUCAUACAGCAGACUUAAUCAAUGAUUCUUAGAGCAUUGAUAUUCAUUGGACAGUUAGAUGGAAAUAAAUGGCAAAUUUUUAGAGAGUUGCA